AUGAGCAGUCUAGGCUCGACGGAAAUUGUCAAAUCAGAACAACCCUGGGCUGAAGCGGUCCUUUCCGAGCAUGAGCUCGAAUUGACCCCGGAUGGUCAAUUGGUACGCUGGCGACGAGACAACAAACGUCACCCUCGCAAUUGGCCCUUGCCUCGCCGGGUCUAUGAUAUCUCGAUUAUCUUCUUUCUGGAUCUCUUCCUAACUGCUUCGAGUACAGCAGGAUCCUCGGCUGCUUCAGUAGCCCGCCAUGAAUAUCACAUGGGUCAGACUUUGUCAACCUUUUGCUUCGUCACAGUCUUCCUGCUCGGGCAGGUUGUCGGCUCCAUCGUUCUUUCUCCAUGGUCCGAGACUUUUGGCCGCAAGAAGUUGUACAUUGUCAGCUCCGCACUGAGUUGUAUCUGCUGUGUUAUUGUCGGAGUAGUACCCCAUAUAGCAGCUGUCAUUGUGGCCCGUGUUGCUGCGGGCUUGCUCUCUGCCAUUCCCUACACAGUGGCCAGCGGAAGCACAGAAGACCUGUUUAAUUCGCGUGAGCGUAUUUGGGUCAUCUUCGGUUGGACCGUCGCGUCGAAUUGUGGACUGAUUAUUGGGCCGAUCAUGGGUACACAUAUCAUCGCUGGAUUGGGCUGGCGCUGGAUAUUUUAUAUCUUUGCCAUCAUGAUCGCCGCCCUCACAGGCUUACUAUGCCUUAUCCGAGAAUCUCGACCAUCCUAUCUUCUUGCGCACAAAGUUGCAGCCAUUUCCCGCGAAACAGGCCUCAAGCUCCAGCCAUUGAACCAUGACCAUGCCCCUGAUUUCCAGACCUUCGCCAAAGAUGCGCUCUUCCGGCCUGCUCAGCUAUUUUGCACAGAACCUGUUGUUUUCGUCGUUGCUCUCAUGACUGCGGUGGCCUUCGGUCUGUUGUAUAUCUUCACCGAGGCCAUUGAGAUUAUCUAUGAGUCCAUGGGUUUCUCAAGCACUCAAGCUUCGUUAGCAUUCCUUGCCAUUGCCGUAGGUGUCUGCGUCAGUACUCUCACUCGGUGGCUGGAUCACUACAUCUUUGAUAUGCGACAUCGUCAGGGUCGGCCCGUGAAACCUGAGGAUAAGCUGGUCGGCCUCGCUCUCGGGGCGGCUGCUUUUGCCGGUGGACUCUGGUGGCUGGCCUGGACUAUCCCGCCCAAGAUUCAUGGCGUUCACUGGAUAGUGCCCACAAUCGCACUGGCAUUUAUCGGAUACGCUUUGAACGAAUUCGAUACCGUUCUGCAGGGCUACUUGGCGGAUAGUUACCUGAGUUACUCGGCCAGUGGGACAGCGGCAGUGCAGUUCCUGCGGGCGUUGCUCUCAGGCGUGUUCCCACUGUUUACGCCUCAGAUGUUCCAUAACCUGGGAUCCAACAUCGCCGUUUCCAUCCUUGCCAUCGUGGCCACUUUGUUCUGCGCUGUCCCUCCGCUGUUCAUCUUCUAUGGUGAAAAAAUCCGGGCGCGCAGCAAGUUUGCACGAUAUAGUCUUGUUGUCGAGGCUGAGCUUGGGAAGGAUGCGGGUGAGCUAUGA